CAAACGGAAUUUAUAUUUCCGAGAAAUUGCAAAAGUGCCAAACCUACGUACACACAUAUGGCUGACCACACCAUAUCGUUAUACAAAGUGCAAUAUAAAAAACACACAAUUAAUGCAUAAUUGAUAAAAGCUAGAGCCAAAAACCAUACAAUACAUGCCAAGUAAAUAAUAACAACAAGAAAUACGUAUUUCCCGAGCGCAGAAGCAGUCCGCAGCUGCUGCUAACCGCAGUCCCCACGCAAAAUCGGCGCAUGGUUAACGAAUAUAUUUGUGCAAUCUAUCUGGUUUUUAAGCAAACAUAAGUGUUUCCCAAAUAAAAACACAGAGUGUGAAUUAAAGCCGGGAGACCAGGCCAGGACAUUGGUCAAAGUCAAAGCUGUGUAACGAAAGAGGCGAGCCGCAAGGAAGCAGCUAAAUCAAAGUGCAAAAACUGAACGCCAGAGAGAAUAUAGACGCGCACACACAAGCAAACACAAAGAAAAAAAGAAAACACAAGAGCGCAUGCUGUGCGCCGCAGGAGAGGAAGAAGACGCAGCCACAGCAUCUGUGUGAGUGCCGAAGCGUUACAGUGGUGCACAGAGAGUGGUGCCGGAGAGGAGUAAACAAAAGUGGAGCAGGAGGACAGUUACUGUGAAGGAGACAACGAAUCAGACAAACAACUGCUAUAAUCUACCUCCGAUACCUACGAUAACACAACAACACUGCAGAACAUUACAACAAGAAAGAGUUACAACAAAUUACAACAAAAAGAAGAGCUGUCACCAUUGUUACAGUAAUUUAGUAGAAAAACGCCAUCUAUCGCCGAGCAUUCGCACACAGGGCGACAGCGACGCAGACGACGAAAAACGGAGAGAGCAGAAGAGGCCGUAAGUUGUGCAAGAGAGAAGCAGGCGGAGGACGCGAAGGCAAAGGCGAAGGCGGAGGAGAACCAGCAGCAGCAGCAGCAGCAGAAGGCUGAACUCGAACGGUGUUGUGGUGCUGCGGCGUAAAGGUGAGAAGAGGAAGAGGGAGUCGUGUCGAGUACAGGCCAGGCCACACAACAAUAAUUUCUGCUGCGACAGCAGCAAGCAAAGAAAAAAAACAACAACUAUCUGCGACUACUGCGACUGCGACUGCGACUACUUUUGGCUUUCUUUCGUUGUGUGCCGCCGCUGCUGACUGCCAUCGUUGAUUCCGGGCCCAUACCCAUACCCGUUACCGGGGUUUGGGGGGAACAGCAGCUCAGCUUCAGCUGGGACAGACAGACAGCCCCCACAGCAAGCAGCAUCAUCGGACCAAAAAUCAUCCUAGACCAAUUGCCUUGCCCGCCAAUAUGGCGUGCCUCAACACAUUAAAGCAGGAAAUCAAAACUCUGGAGAAGAUCUUCCCGAAGAAUCACGAACGCUUUCAGAUACUCAAUUCCAGCGUCGACGAGCUCCUCUGCAGGUUCAUCGAUAAGAACGGGAAGCGUUACGACAUUCAUGCGAAUAUAACGGAAACGUAUCCCUCGUCGCCGCCAGUGUGGUUUGCCGAAAGCGAGGAGACGAGCGUCACCAAUGCUGUUCAAAUACUUAGCAAUACAAAUGGUCGUGAUAAUCACGUGAUCAAUCAGGUUGGCAUAUUGCUGCGCGAGCUGUGCCGCUUACACAACGUUCCACUGCCACCCGAUGUAGACAAUUUAACGUUGCCAUUGCAAACGCCACCGCCAUCGGCUUCCCCGCUGCGCUGCGAACAGCGGAAAAUGGGUGGGGGGCCGCAUGGUGGCAACGAGGAGACCGACUCCGAUCAGGAUGAGAUCGAGGAUCCCAUUGGCGAGAGCGAACAGGAGAGCGAGGGCGAUGAAGAUUUGCCACUGGAAAUGGAUGAUGUACGGAGUACAAAUAAGAAAGAUGACAUGGAAGUGGAGCACUUAGCGACCCUAGAAAGACUGCGUCAAAGUCAAAGACAAGACUAUUUAAAAGGUUCCGUGUCGGGUUCCGUGCAGGCAACCGAUCGCCUAAUGAAGGAACUACGUGAUAUUUAUCGAUCGGACGCCUUCAAGAAGAAUAUGUAUUUGAUUGAGCUCGUGAAUGAUUCGAUUUAUGAGUGGAACAUCCGCCUCAAGUCUGUGGACCCCGACAGUCCGCUGCACAGUGAUCUGUUAAUGCUCAAGGAGAAGGAGGGCAAGGAUAGCAUACUCCUCAACAUACUCUUCAAGGAGACGUAUCCCUUUGAGCCGCCCUUUGUCCGCGUCGUGCAUCCAAUCAUCUCAGGUGGAUAUGUGCUGAUUGGCGGCGCCAUUUGCAUGGAGCUGCUGACCAAGCAGGGCUGGAGCUCAGCGUACACUGUCGAGGCGGUGAUUAUGCAGAUAGCCGCCACACUGGUCAAGGGCAAGGCGCGAAUUCAGUUUGGAGCCACCAAGUCUCAUCAUGAACAGGCACUGACCCAAGGCCAGUAUAGCCUGGCACGAGCACAGCAAAGCUUCAAGUCCCUUGUCCAGAUCCAUGAGAAGAAUGGUUGGUUCACACCGCCCAAGGAGGAUGGCUAAGGCAGUUUCACACAGUCUAGUCCGGACACACACACACACACACACACACAAACACACACAAUUACCAACACCACCAGCAGCAGCAGCAACACUACGACCACAAAAAGCAGCAUCAUCAGCGCACACACACACACACACUCAUCCAGCCUCCAGUCUUUCCCCCCUUUUUCUGGCACACAUUCGCUCUAAGUUAGAACAGAACGGACGAAAGUCUCCAAAAAAUUAUAGUGUAUUUUUCUUUAUGUAUAGCAAAAUCGUAUAUAUUUAAUAGCCAGCUGACCAUAUAAUUUGAUGCAUAAAUAAUCUGUGUUAGCGGUUAAGUGAGCAAAAA